CCCGUUUAUGGCUCAAGCGCUCUCUCUCUCUCUCUCUCUCUGGUUAAACUACUGAGGAUUUGAUCAAUUCGAUCUGGUUAGCGAUCGCUCAACUGCGAAGAAGUUCAUAUAAAGCGAGGAAGAGAAUCGGAAGUUUUGGAAUCAAGGAAACAUGUCGAUGUCCGACUCCGAUACGUCGUCGCAGGGCAGCGAAUACAAAUGUUUCCGGCAAAUUACACGGGACAGAUUAUUAUAUGAAAUGCUUAGAUCGGCCAGGUCAAAGGAUUCAAAAUCAACGUGGAAGGUACUGAUCAUGGACAAACUAACAGUCAAAAUAAUUUCAUAUGCAUGCAAGAUGGCAGAUAUCACAGAAGAAGGAGUUUCCUUGGUGGAAGAUAUUUACAGGCGACGCCAGCCACUUCCCACGAUGGAUGCCAUAUACUUCAUCCAGCCCACAAAAGAGAAUGUUGUAAUGUUUCUCUCCGACAUGGCUGGGAAAUCACCUUUGUACAAGAAGGCAUUUGUUUUCUUUAGUUCACCUAUUUCAAAGGAAUUGGUUAAUCACAUAAAGAGGGACACUAGCGUUCUGUCUCGCAUCGGUGCCUUGAGAGAGAUGAAUCUGGAAUAUUUUGCAAUAGACAGCCAGGGUUUUGUAACUGAUAACGAGAGGGCCUUAGAGGAACUUUUUGGAGAUGAUGAGGGUUCUCUUAAGGGUGAUGCAUGUUUGCGUCUGAUGGCCAACCGCAUUGCUACAGUUUUUGCCUCAUUGCGGGAGUUUCCCUUUGUUCACUACCGUGCUAUCAAAUCCCAUGAUCCAACCACCAUGACUACAUUUCGUGAUUUAAUUCCUACAAAGCUUGCUGCGGCUGUUUGGAAUUGUCUUACGAAAUAUAAAUCUAGCCUUCCUCAUUUCCCUCAGACAGAAACAUGCGAGCUUCUUAUCGUCGAUAGAUCUGUAGAUCAGGUCGCUCCAAUCAUACAUGAGUGGACAUAUGAUGCCAUGUGUCAUGAUUUGCUGAACAUGGAGGGAAAUAAGUAUGUGCAUGAGGUUCCAAGCAAAAUGGGUGGCCUUCCUGAGAAGAAAGAUGUACUUUUGGAGGAUCAUGACCCAAUCUGGUUAGAGCUUCGCCAUGCACAUAUUGCAGAUGCUAGUGAACGACUGCACGAAAAGAUGACAAACUUUGUCACAAAAAAUAAAGCAGCACAAAUCCAUCAUGGUUCCAGAGAUGGAGGUGAGUUGUCUACUCGGGAUUUGCAGAAAAUGGUUCAAGCUUUGCCUCAAUAUAGCGAACAAAUUGAGAAACUCUCUCUCCAUGUAGAUAUUGCUGGAAAGCUGAACAAAAUUAUCAGAGAGUUUGGGCUUAGAGAACUUGGGCAAUUAGAGCAGAAUCUUGUCUUUGGAGAUGCAGGAACAAAGGAUGUUAUCAAUUUUCUGAGAAUGAAUCCGGAUGUUACUCGUGAAAACAAGUUGCGCUUGUUAAUGAUAUAUGCAGCAGUUCAUCCUGAGAAAUUUGAAGAUGAUAAACUUGCAAAACUAAUGGAGUUAGCAAGGUUGCCUCAAGAUGAUAUGAAUGCCGUUUACAAUAUGAGGUUACUGGAGGCAGCAUCAGAAAACAAAAAAAGCUCAAUUGUACCAUUCUCUCUUAAAUUUGAUGUUAAUAAGAAGAAGCAUGGUGCAAGAAAAGAACGCAAUGAUGAAGAAUCAACCUGGCAAUUAUCUCGUUUUUUCCCCAUGAUUGAGGAACUUGUUGAAAAAUUGAGUAAAGGUGAUCUACCAAAGGAUGAGUAUCCAUGCAUGAAUGACCCAAGUCCAACUUUUCAUGGGACUUCACAGGGUGCAUCAAUGCGACCAAAUAAUAUUCCAGCUCCUCAUUCAAUGAGAUCUAGACGGACUGCAACUUGGGCACGCCCUCGAAAUUCUGAUGAUGGCUAUUCAAGUGAUUCAGUUCUGAGACAUUCAUCAAGUGAUCCUAAGAAAAUGGGCCAACGUAUUUUUGUAUUUAUAGUUGGUGGAGCAACUAGAUCCGAGUUACGAGUUUGCCAUAAAUUAACAACAAAGCUAAAGAGAGAAGUAGUAUUAGGUUCAUCUAGCCUUGAUGACCCUCCACAAUUCAUUACGAAAUUGAAACUCUUGAAUGCCAAUGAAUUAUCAUUGGAUGAUCUGCAAAUCUAAGCUACGAGCAGAUGCUUGGUGAAUCUUUUCUCCAGGCUUGCAUUUCUAUUGUAACAAUAUAUAGAUUUGUCAUCUCCAUUCAUUUUAUGACACCUUGGAUUAGAUACCCAAAGCUUCCAGGAGUAUUUUGUGUACCAGUGUUGUGCAUUCUGUUAAUCUGCUAAUGCUGCUGCAUAACGGCAACAGAACGAAGAUCCUGCCAUGUCAUUUUGACUGGGUUGUAAUUGAGUCCAUAACCACCCCACUGUGUGUAUAAAUAUCCUUCCCAUUUCUUACCUAGCGAAACAAGUUUGAAAGUUCAAUUAUGUAGAUGUUGAUUUUCAUUUUA